AUGACGGUGGAAUUUGAGGAGUGCAUCAAGGAUUCGCCCCGGUUCCGGGCGACCAUAGAUGAAGUGGAAACAGAUGUGGUGGAGAUAGAAGCAAAGCUUGACAAGCUGGUGAAGCUAUGCAGUGGGAUGAUUGAGGCUGGGAAAGCCUACAUCACCACCAACAAGCACUUCGUCAGCGGGGUCCGAGACCUGUCGCAGCAAUGCAAGAAGGACGAAAUGAUUUCGGAGUGCCUCGACAAAUUUGGAGACAGCCUGCAGGAAAUGAUUAACUAUCACAUGAUCCUUUUUGACCAAGCCCAGAGGUCGGUCCGGCAACAGCUGCACAACUUUGUGAAAGAUGACGUCCGGAAGUUCAAGGAGACGAAGAAACAGUUUGACAAGGUGCGCGAGGACAUGGAGAUCUCUCUGGUGAAGAACGCGCAGGCCCCGCGGCACAAGCCCCACGAGGUGGAGGAAGCGACGGGCACUUUGACCAUCACCAGGAAGUGCUUCCGACACCUGGCCCUGGACUACGUGUUACAGAUCAAUGUCCUCCAAGCCAAGAAGAAGUUUGAAAUAUUGGACGCGAUGCUGUCCUUCAUGCACGCCCAGUACACCUUUUUCCAGCAGGGCUACAGCCUCCUUCAUGAACUUGAUCCCUACAUGAAGAAGCUGGCCACUGAGCUGGACCAGCUGGUGAUCGACUCGGCCGUGGAGAAGAGGGAGAUGGAGCACAAGCAUGCCCUGAUACAGCAGAGGACUCUCCUGCAGGACUUCUCCUACGAUGACUCCAAGGUGGAAUUUAAUGUUGAUGCCCCCAAUGGAGUGGUGAUGGAAGGGUACCUCUUCAAGAGAGCAAGCAAUGCUUUCAAAACAUGGAAUCGGAGGUGGUUCUCCAUACAGAACAGCCAGCUGGUCUACCAGAAGAAGCUAAAGGAUGUCCUCACGGUGGUGGUGGAAGAUCUGCGGCUCUGUACUGUCAAGCCCUGCGAAGACAUAGAGAGAAGGUUUUGCUUUGAGGUCGUCUCACCUAGCAAGAGCUGCAUGCUGCAGGCUGACUCGGAGAAGCUGCGCCAGGCCUGGAUCCAAGCGGUUCAAGCCAGCAUCGCCUCCGCUUACAGAGAGAGCCCAGACAGCUACUCCAUCGAAAGACUGGACCGGACCGCCUCCCCUUCCACCAGCAGCAUCGACUCUGCCACUGACUCCCGGGAGCGGAGUCUGAAGGGGGAGAGCAUCCUGCAGAGGGUCCAGAGCAUCCCUGGAAAUGACCAGUGCUGUGACUGUGGCCAGGCAGAUCCCCGCUGGGCCAGUAUCAACCUGGGCAUUCUGCUGUGCAUCGAGUGCUCUGGGAUCCACAGGAGUCUGGGCGUUCACUGUUCCAAAGUCCGCUCUCUCACGCUGGAUUCCUGGGAGCCGGAGUUACUGAAACUAAUGUGCGAGCUGGGGAACAGCACCAUGAACCAGAUUUACGAGGCACAGUGCGAAGCACUGGGACUUAAGAAGCCCACACCGGGGAGCUCCAGGCAAGACAAGGAAGCCUGGAUCAAGGUCAAGUACGUGGAGAAGAAGUUCCUCAAGAAGUUGCCUACUGGGGAGGCCCUGGCGGAGAACGAGAGGAAACCCCGGCGCUGGAGCGUGAAGAAAUGCCAGCGGCACAACAGCACCACAAAAGCACCUACGGCUCGUCGGAAGUACCGGCAUGAGGCAGGAAAUGCAUCGCCGGCCCCGCUCUCAUCAGCUGCCACUCUGGAGAGGAAAUUCCGGCGGGACUCUCUCUUCUGCCCCGACGAGCUGGAUUCCCUCUUCUCGUACUUUGACACCGGCGCUGGCUCAGGACCCCGCAGUGCCAGCUACAUCUCUAUGCAGCACCCGCUGGCAGCUGGCCCCUGGAGUGGCAUUGGUCCCGGUGGGAGCGGUAUGCCGUUCCUCCUGGACGGAGGUCUGAGUAGCGACAGCGGGCUGGGCGGCAGCACGGACGGAAGCACCGAUGUCCUGGUGUUCGGCUCGGUGGUGGACAGCGUCACGGAGGAAGAGUGCGAAGUGUCGGAGGAGUCCAGCGGUGAGGCGGAGAUAGAGCAGGAGGCCUCGGACCUGGAGGACCUGCGGGAGCUGCACCCUGGCCUGCUGAUUUACAAGGCCGCACAGGCCAGGAACUUGCCUGUCAUGGCAGAGGCUCUGGCACAUGGGGCUGAGGUCAACUGGGUGAAUGAUGAAGAUGAAAACAAAACUCCUCUGAUUCAAGCUGUGAUGGGGGGCUCCUUGAUAGCCUGCGAAUUCUUACUCCAGAACGGAGCAGAUGUUAACCAAAGAGAUAUCCGGGGCCGGGCUCCCCUGCACCACGCCACGUACCUGGGACACACUGGCCAGGUCUGCUUGUUCCUAAAGCGAGGCGCCAACCAGCACGCAGUGGACGAGGAUGGCCAAGACCCCCUCAGCAUUGCAGUCCAGGCAGCCAAUGCAGACAUAGUCACCUUGCUGCGUCUGGCUCGAAUGAACGAGGAGAUGCGAGAAGCCGAGGGCCCCUUCGGACAACCAGGAGAUGCGACAUACCUCGACAUCUUCCGGGAGUUUUCCCACAUGGCGUCGAACAACCCUGAAAAACUCAACCGGCGGAGCCUGCACUUCAGCCACUCCUGCAGAUAG